UAUUUAUAUUUGCUGCACGUAACUGAACAGCAAACGUUCGUUUCUAUUAAGUUAAUGGUACAUACGAACCUAUUUGUUUUAUUACAGAUGUCACCGCACCAUAGACUGCAGUGGAAGAGUUACCACUGACUUCCGUAGGAUUCUACGUAGCCUAAAUUAAGUUUCACACAACGUAAGCUACAGUUCUGCAAACAUGUUUGCUCAACCAGUGUGGUUAUUGUACCUGUUUACCGCCUUCAUUAUAGCAGUAUCAGCAAACGGGAAUCGUUACCAAGCGAACUGGAAGAGUUUGGACGCUAGACCACUUCCUACAUGGUAUGAUGAAUCCAAGUUCGGGAUUUUCGUACACUGGGGUGUUUUCUCCGUUCCUGCGUUCGGCAGCGAGUGGUUCUGGUGGCAUUGGCAAGGCCAAAACCCUCCGGAUCCGAAGUGUGUUGCCUACAUGAUUGAGAACUACCCACCCGGGUUCACAUAUCCAGAAUUCGCGCCGGAGUUCCACGCUCAGUUCUUUGACCCGGAUAAAUGGGCUGACAUAUUUGAGGCUUCCGGUGCAAAGUAUGUGGUUCUAACAUCCAAGCAUCACGAGGGCUUCACCACUUGGCCGUCUUCUUAUUCUUGGAACUGGAACUCGGUAGACGAUGGACCACACAGAGACCUGGUAGGAGACCUGGCGGAGGCUGUACGCAACAGGUCAUUGCAUUAUGGACUUUACAACUCCCUGUAUGAAUGGUUCAACCCCCUUUACCUGGCGGACAAAAAAAACAACUUUACAACACAGGACUUUGUCUUAAAAAAACUGCUGCCUGAGCUCACUGAUCUCGUCCUGAGGUACAAGCCAGAGUUGAUCUGGUCCGAUGGGGAUUGGGAAGCACCAGACACCUACUGGAACUCGACAGAAUUCCUGGCCUGGCUGUACAACGACAGUCCUGUCAAGGAUGUGGUUGUGACCAAUGACAGGUGGGGGGCCGGAUGUUACUGUAAACAUGGCGGCUACUAUAACUGUGCGGACAAGUACUCCCCCGGAGAGCUUCCGGGUCAUAAGUGGGAGAAGUGCCAGUCUGUGGACACUCAGUCAUGGGGUUACCGCAAAAACAUCCAGCUCUCUGAACUCAUGGACCUGCCCAGUAUCAUACAGGACCUAGUCCAAACUGUGGCCAUGGGUGGGAAUUACCUCCUGAAUGUGGGUCCCACCUCCGAUGGGAUGAUCCCCACGGUGUUUGAGGAACGUCUGAGGGACGUGGGCGGGUGGCUGGCGGUCAACGGAGAGGCCAUCUACGCCUCCAAACCCUGGAGGGUCCAGACGGAGAACGCCACCGUGCCGGUCUGGUACACCUCUAAUUCUAAGGAGUCCAGCGUCUUCGCGGUCUUCUUCACCAAACCCCACGGUUACACGUUCAAGCUGUACGAGCCUGUAACCACGGACACCACCGUUGUGACUUUGCUGGGAAACUCUGGUCCUCUAAGAUGGUCUCCUCUUCAGCCUGCUGGUCUGGUUAUUCUGCUUCCUGAGAUAGAGUUUUCCUCAGGCCAGGCCUGGACACUUAAACUAGACUGGGUUAAGUAGCCAUUUGUUUUGACUCUCCUCCAUCGUGGCGUCUGGUUGAAUUCUGCUGAGCAGGUCCCCCAGGGUACUCUUUAUUGUCGUUAACAUUUCUUAAUGGAUGUGUUUAUUAGUAUUUGUUUUUAAUUUGAAGUGGUCUGGAGUUGUACAGGAUUUGGAGAGGCUUCCUCUGCUGUCCUACUGCUGUUCACAACAUCCUUCAACCAGAACGCUCUCCGCCAGCUCCCUGCUGUCUCUAAGCAUAGAUAAUGUCUUAUUGUUUCAUUUUAACAUAUCUUUUUUGCUUUAUUACAUAAGUAGGGAAGGAUAUGUGGCAGGAAAAGCGUUGGUCUGGGUCUUAACUCAUACUGGGCCGUCCUGGAACCCAGACCACCUAAUGUAACUAUUAACCCCAGAUGUAAAGUAGUUAAAGGGAUAACAAACUGAGCAGUUCUGGUCUGACAGGCUGGAUGAGACUCGCAAUACUUCUGUUGGAACCGUAACUCAGGGAAUUGAACUGUGUUGUUGGCAGUUGGUGCCAAAAAAUAUGCUGAAUGUUUUAUCGCAUUGCACUUAGAUGACAUUUUAUGGUCAAUAAUCUGAAUUUGUGCUUUUAGUGCUUGUUUUAGUGUUCAUGUCAGUUAGGGCUGUGAAUGAGAUGAAGUUUGUCAUUUUACUUCUCAUGACGAUGAGUUCAUGGCUCAAUGGUUGUUUUUUUUUAUGGCCUUUUAAAAUAUGUGGAUAAAUGAUUGGGACUGAAUCUUUGUUCUUCAUUUUCCCCCUGAGAUUUAUCAAGCUUGAUAAUUAAGUCUUUUGAUGAAAGAGGAAGGAAGUCUUGUUAAUUUCUCAGCUGGAAAAUGUUUAUGUAUUUUGUAAUUAUGAUUGACAGAUUAUGCAAGAGAACUGUCUUUGCCUUAGUUUAACUAUGAACUGAAUAAAAUAUAUGUAAUCAACUGUU